AUGAUUUGGAUUUUCUUGAUGAUUUCAAUGUUACAAUGGGCUUCAAUGGGUUUCAACAAUCCAAAACAUGUCAUUGAAGGGGAGGUUACAGUCAGUAAACAACCACUUCUCCUCAUCGGAGUACGCAUGCAUUUCUCCGCAGCAACGGAAGCACGAAAUACUUUAUACACCACCAGCCUCAUAGGCCAAAAAGCAUUUGUCGGCUCGGAGCAGGCUCGCAAGUUUGGGGAAUCGAUGUCGCGUACGUCGAUGGCCUGUACAUCACAACUGGCUCUCAGAUUCGACGCGCAGCCGUAUAACCUGAUCGCUCCGCUAUCUCCUUUAUUACUUGCUACUUUUUGGUCUACUCCAGAUUCAUGGCUUUUACAAAACUUAAAACGUUUGCUGCCAAAAAGUGUUUAUUUCUGUUCGCCUAAACCUCAAUUAUUGUACACGUUGCGGAUGCGAGCUUCUUUAUUGUUAUCAUCUGCUUCAUUUUAA